AUGUGUGUGUUUGUGAUUUAUGUCUGUCGUCUCUUUCUCAACCUUCCUCUCUCUCGACCUGUGUGUGUGUGUGUGUGUGUGUGUGUUUUCACUGAAGGCUGUGGGCUGGAGUUCCUGCUGGUUCUCUGUGGGCUUGAGUUUUCCUGGUCCUGCCCCCGUCACUGUAUAUGCUACACUGCACCCAGCACCGUCACCUGCCAAGCCCAUAACUUCCUGUCGGUCCCCGAAGGCAUUCCUCCGGACAGUGAGCGCAUCUUCUUACAGAACAAUAAGAUCCAUCGCUUACUUCGGGGCCAUUUCAGCUCCAACACGGUCACUCUCUGGAUCUACUCCAAUAACAUCACAUACAUUGAGCCGUCCACCUUCCACGGCUUCACGCUGCUCGAGGAGCUGGAUCUGGGAGACAACCGCCACCUGCGCGCCUUGGCUGAAGACACCUUUCACGGGCUGAAUCGCCUCAAUGCGCUUCACCUGUACCGUUGUGGGCUCAGUUCACUACCUAAUAACAUCUUCCAAGGCCUCAGAAACCUGCAGUAUCUCUACUUGCAGGAUAAUCAUCUGAAGUUCCUGCAGGAUGACACAUUUAUGGACCUCCACAACCUGAGCCACCUGUUCCUGCAUGGAAACCGUCUGUGGAGCCUGAACCAGAAUACCUUCAGAGGCCUUCGAGCCUUGGACCGACUGCUUCUGCACCAAAACCAGAUCGAGUGGGUUGACCGCCUGGCCUUCCAUGACCUGAAACGUCUCACCACCCUCUACCUGUUCAACAACACCCUGAUACAGCUGUCCGGACAGUGCCUGGACACACUGCCGGCAUUGGAGUACCUGCGCCUCAAUGAUAAUCCCUGGUCGUGUGACUGCAAGGCCCUGUCGCUAUGGGAAUGGCUGAAGCGUUUCCGAGGUUCGACAUCUUCAGUGAGUUGCCAGGCGCCGGCCGAUCUGGUUGGGAAAGACCUCAAGGACCUGCGCAAGGAGGACUUCCCCAACUGUUCACCCACUGUACCUAAUUCUGAGUCCAGAGCCCAGACUAACAAUUUAUCUGGCACGGUGAAUCCGUCUUUGAAUCGUGGUGUAGUGGUGGGCUCUGGAGGGCAGACCCACAUAGUGCACCCCUCGAGGCCUGGCCGUUCUCGGAACUGCACAAAGCCUCGUAACAGGGUGAGCAAAGGGAAGGGUGACAAUGAGGUUCACCACUCAAAGGAGGUCAUGGCAGAAAAGGAGGAUUCCUCCCCGGAUUUCACAGACGGGGGCAAACAUGACCACACAUCCCCAGAUGGCACCAUCACACGGAGGAAGCACAAGUGCACUCCCCGGACCACUGUUCGCCCCCCUAGUGGGGUUCAGCAAGCCAACAAUAGGGCAACCCUAUCCCAGUCAUUACUACAUGCCUGUGCCCUCUUUGUAGCCUUGAUAACGACCAAUAUUGACUUCAUCCUCCGUUGA